AAGAUUUCUGCGCAAGACCGAGAUACGAUAUAUCGCAUCUUAACACACGCAAGCGCUCUCGAGGUGGCACAUUUCGUGCCCGUGGCGGACGAGAAGUGGUUCGCAUCUAAUAAGAUGGACCAGUAUGUUAUUAACCUUAUGACCUUUACCCCUGCUGAUUCAUUAUGUCUAGGUAUAUCAAAUCUAGGUCUAAAAUACAGCUUACAGAAGACCUAA